GUCAUUGUCAUUAUUAUAUCCACGCCAACAUGUCUAUGAACGAGCAAGAUUGCACCGUCCUCAGAGAGGGCUUUCCUCGCCCUUUCCCCAACACGCCUACUAAUGUUCUCGAGCAGCUUUCGCUGAAGGGCAAGGUGGUUGUUGUUACUGGGGCUGCGGAUGGAAUUGGGUAUGCGGUGGCUGAGGGUAUCGCCGAGGCGAGUGGCAAUAUUGCCAUGUGGUAUAAUUCCAAUCCUGUUGCCGUUGAAAAGGCAGAGGGUUUGGCUAAGACUCAUGGAGUCAAAACAGCUGCUUACAAGGUUGAUGUGUCGGACCCUGAAAAUGUCCAAAGCGCCAUCGCGGAUGUUGUCAAAGACUUCGGAAAAAUCGAUGUUUUUAUCGCCAACGCCGGAAUGGCAAUCUCCAAACCUAUCCUGGAACAAACCCUCGAAGAAUACAGAAAGCAGAUGUCCGUAAACGUCGACGGUGUCCUCUACUGCUCCAAAUACGCCGGCGAAGUGUUCCACCGCCAAGGCUUCGGCAACCUCAUCAUAACAUCCAGCAUGAGCGGACACAUCGUCAACGUCCCCGUCGACCAGCCCGUGUACAACGCGUCCAAGGCGUUCGUGACGCACUUUGGCAAGUCGCUUGCGCGCGAGUGGCGCGAGUUUGCACGCGUUAAUAUCGUUUCCCCCGGAUUCUUUGAUACGAAGAUGGGCGCUGGCCCGCUUGCGUUGAAUGAGGCGUAUCGGAUGUCGUCAUUGGGGAGACAGGGGCAUGUUAAGGAGAUUAAGGGAUUGUAUUUGUAUUUGGCGAGUGAUGCUUCGACGUAUAUGACUGGUAGUGAUGUGCUUAUUGAUGGGGGGUAUGUUUUGCCUUAGAAAGGAGAUUUGGGAGGAUAUAUUAUAGAGAAUGAAUAGACUAUUUUGUUAUCAAGAUGGCUGGUUACGAG